GCAAGAGGAGAGGACAUCAGCAUAUCCAGUUCAUCUCAAGGCCACUUACAGGACACCAGAGAGAAGAAGCCAUUGCCUCAAAUCCAAAUCCAAAUCCAAAUCCAAAGCCAUCUCCAUCUCCGGCGACGAUGAAGUCGUCGAUUUACUUCUCCCAGCUAUCCCUAAUCUUCCUUCGCUCAAAACCCCUCUCCUUAAGGCCAAGUCUCUCUCUUCCCCUCCGCUCGAGACCCAAGCUCCCAUCCAAAUUAUUCUCAAUCCAACCCUUCUCCACCACCUUAACCCAAUACCCACUUCAAUACGACCUGAUCGUCUCUCGCCCAGCUCAGUCUUCUUCACCUACCCAACGCCGCCGCCGCCCCCGAGAACCUCCACUCGCUCAGUCCCAACCUGCCGAGUCGCCCGACUCGGAAUCCGGCACCGAGUUGGGUUUCGACGAUUGGGUCGACAGGAAACUGACGUCGCCGCCUUCCGAGACCGAGUCACUUCGGCCUGUGUUGGAUAAGUCGAAGCGGAAGUACUAUAACAAGAGGCGGAGGAGAAUGUACGGGUCGGAUUCAGAGGAUGAGGCUAGGCGUCGCGAUGAUGACGGGUUUGUUGAGUUGAAGCCCGAAGUGGUUGAGUUUCGGACGCUGCAUAAGAGGGAGGAGGAGUUGUAUUUCUACGAUACGUUUGCUUACCCGUGGGAGAAGGAGAAGCAUUAUAGGAUGGUGUAUCAGUUGGAGAAGAAGUACUUUCCUGAUCAGUGCUUCGACAAGGCGUUUCUUGAACCCGGCGAGUCGAAAAAGAGAGUGGUUGAGAAGGGAGAAAUUAAAGAGAAGGGGCUAGUUUUCUUUGAGGAUGAAGAGAAGGGCAAGGAUGAGAGUGAGAGAGACAAAGGGUUGGUGAAGGAUGUGAAGAUAGAUGUUUCCGAGAAGAAAGUGGAAGAGUUCUUUAAGUGUUUGACGAAAGUCCCCAAUAAGGACGAUGUUGCCAAUGCUGAGCCUUUUAUUUCGACAAGGAGUAUUGGGCUACCCCCAAGAUGGGAUAGCCCUUGUGGAACUGUUGUCCUAGUGAAUAAACCUAAAGGAUGGACGUCAUUUACAGUUUGUGGAAAGUUGCGGAGAAUUGUCAAGGAGAAAAAGGUAGGCCAUGCUGGAACCCUUGAUCCUAUGGCAACUGGCCUACUGAUUGUAUGUGUUGGUAAAGCUACAAAGCUGGUUGACAGAUAUCAAGGCAUGAUUAAAGGCUACAGUGGAGUCUUCCGUUUAGGGGAGGCUACCUCAACUUGGGAUGCUGAUUCACCGGUUAUACAACGUGAACCAUGGGAACACAUCAAAGAUGAAGACAUAAAGAAAAUUGCUGCAUCAUUUUGUGGGGAGAUAUGGCAAGUCCCUCCAAUGUUUUCUGCUAUCAAAGUUGGGGGUGAGAGGAUGUAUGAAAAAGCGAGGAGGGGAGAAAGCAUUGAACUUUCACCCAGGCGGAUAUCAAUUUUCCAAUUUGAUAUUGAGCGAAGUUUGGAUGACAGACAAAAUUUGAUUUUCCGGGUUAUAUGCUCAAAGGGAACAUAUAUUCGAUCUCUCUGUGCAGAUUUUGGGAAGGCUUUGGGCAGUUGUGCUUAUCUAACAGCAUUAAGAAGAGACUCAAUUGGGCCAUAUUCGGCAGAUGAUGCCUGGGAUUUCAAAGAGUUAGAGGAAGCAAUUACUAAAGGUUACAUAUAAUAUUCAUUUGCCAUUGCCUCAACUUCAGAAGCUUUGAGGAAGCAUAAUGAUCUUUUUUGCUCUCUCACCUUCAACCUUUAUAACUAAGAGGAUUAUUUCUACUUGCAAUAUCUAACUGCUGCCUAAUUUGAGCGCAAAACUUUCAAUCAUAUUCAUCUAGUCACUGUACCCUGUGUGUACAUCCAAGAGAAGAAUUUUACCAUAUGCAUGCAAAAUUGGUCGCAUGGUGGCCCAGAAGAGUUCCAUAAGAUGCCUUUGGUUGAGAGAUCAAACAUACAGUUUUCUGACUACCCAUUACUAUCUGAUACUUUUGAGCAUUGGUCUCGCCGCAUCCCCCGGAUACUAUAUCUCCUGCAACUCUCUAGUCUGGAUUAUAUUUUCAGAGAGAAAGGGAUUAGCAUACAAAAGUUAACAUCCAUUAUGGAGUUAAUGUAGCAUUGAGAGAAGUUUGCCUCAGUUGCCCAGAUACAGACAAGAUGAUGAUUUCAUUCUGCGGUAGGUGCCGAGUGUUCUCUUUUUCAAUCUGUCUUUUCUCGCCCAAGACUUGCAACUGGAAGAUAAAAGUACCCAACUGGCUAUGAGAAUACGAUUCUCCUUUGUAACAAGUAGAAGGUAUCUAUUUUUAUGCUCCUUGUUAAAAAGCAGGAAAUUAUUGCCGGUUGGUUUAUGUGAUAUUUUGUGUCGUUGAUUAAUUGAUUUUAAUCAGUUUUUUGCAAUUUAGUGGAUGAUUUUAGAAUU